GUUAAUCCCGCCAAACAGUGACCACCAUCAGUGCAUCUUCUACCAUGUUCCGCUUCCACAAACCUCUCGACAUCAUCACCCUCUUCCACAAACCCGCCCUCCCCAGUUCCCUCCGCGCUCUCGCCCUCCUCAAACAGGCCUCUGCCAACGCUGCCGAAACUGCCACCAUCGACCAGGCUUCAGAUCACUCGGCGCAGAACAAGCUCGAACGUCAGCGCCGCGAGCAGUUCGACCUCACCGUCACCGAGGAGCCGCCCACGCCGGAUCAGUUGAAGCUGAUCAUGGACUAUAUGGCGGCGGGGGCGGGCAAUGGCGGAGUGGGCGCGGGGAAGCCGGGGGAUUUGGUGAGCGGGGCGAGGGAUAGGCUGGAUGCGCUGAGAAGGUUGAAGGAGGAUGGAGAGAGGUUUGUGAGGCCAGUCGUUGUUGAUUGGAAUAACGGGAAGGCAGUUCUCGGGACAAACGAGUCUGCCAUUUUGAAGCUGCUGCAGGAUGAACCACCGCAUACACCUGAUGAUACUGCAUGAGGGCAUUUUCAUGCCUCGUUAUGAGUCUAAUCUACGAUUUUAUUCUAGUUCUCAGUGGAGGGCAAUAUCUGGCGUUAUGGAGGCAUUUAUGUGUAUGACUUGGGAGCCAUUCGUCAGAAUUGGGAGCCAUUCGUCAGAAGGAGGGUAUAAAUUGACAGUCUCUGUCCAUGGAAUUCUUAUCUAUGUAUGUAUGAGCUUGCUUCGAUGUCUGUAAAUCUGUUUCAAGCAUAGUCUUUCAAUGAAUCUUUGGGAAAUGGG